ACCGAUGGUGUUCGUACGAAAACGUCUUCCCGUGGAAACUCGCUGCCGGUACUAGUGGGCCUGAAUGAAGCUGCCAGUGUUAUUCAAUUCGGUAAAUCAGCCAAGCGAUCGCCUGAGUCGACUCAAAUUGGGCAGUAUGGGAAUGGCUUGAAAUCGGGUUCCAUGCGGAUUGGGAAGGAUUUUAUCCUGUUCACGAAGAAAGACAACACCAUGACUUGCCUCCUCUUGUCACGGACGUUCCAUGAGGAAGAAGGCAUCGAUGAGGUCAUCGUUCCUCUGCCCACCUGGAAUGCCCGAAGCUGGGAGCCUGUGACUGACAACAUGGAGAAGUUUGCUAUUGAGACAGAGCUAAUUUACAAGUAUUCCCCUUUCAAAUCAGAACAGGAAGUGAUGGAGCAGUUUAGUAAGAUCUGUGGUGAGAAAGGUACGCUGGUGAUCAUCUUUAACCUCAAACUAAUGGAUAACGGAGAGCCAGAGCUGGAUGUGACUUCUGACCCCCGAGACAUUCAGAUGGCAGAAACGCCCCCAGAGGGAACAAAGCCUGAGCGCCGCUCCUUCCGUGCCUAUGCUGCCGUGCUUUAUAUCGAUCCCAGAAUGAGGAUCUUCAUCAACGGACACAAAGUGCAAACCAAACGACUUUCGUGCUGCCUGUACAAGCCAAGGAUGUACAAAUAUACUUCAAACCGUUUCAAGACCCGUGCAGAGCAAGAGGUGAAGAAAGCAGAGCACAUGGCAAAGAUAG